GCUGGUAGGAAGUGUUCUGUUUGUUUUGUUCUGUUCCUGAGGGUCCCGUGCACUUCUCUUGACGGGAUCAACGUGACUCUUGGUGGAUUUUGCACACCCUGCUCGGUGGGGGAGUGCCCCAACGUGCCUGUCUUAUGUGGCCUCUAUGGACACACUGCUCAGCUGGCAGCAAGCAGGGAAGUGUUCGCCCAGCACCCAAAAAAGACAAAGAGGAAACUGCUUUUCCUUUCUGGGCUCCUUGCAGCACAAUCCAUCAGGAUAAGCUUCCACGUUCCCUCCUUGGAUUUUUCUGGAGUGGUUUCCAGGAAGAAGUUAAACUUUGACCUUUAAAUGGAUGACCAUGUCACAAUCAGGAAGAAGCAUCUCCAAAGGCCCAUCUUUAGACUGAGAUGCCUCGUGAAGCAGCUGGAGAAGGGCGAUGUCAAUGUCGCGCACUUGAAGAAGAACAUCGAGUAUGCGGCGUCUGUGCUGGAAGCAGUCUACAUCGAUGAAACGAGAAGACUGCUGGACACCGAGGAUGAGCUCUGUGACAUCGAGGCCGAUGCCGUCCCGCUGGAGGUCCGCGACUGGCUGGCUUCUACCUUUACUCGGAAAAUGGGGAUGGCCAAAAGGAAACCAGAGGAGAAGCCGAGGUUCCGGAGCAUCGUGCACGCUGUCCAGGCAGGGAUUUUUGUGGAAAGGAUGUACAGAAAGACCUCCUCCAUGAUUGAUUUGUCAUAUCCGGCAGCUGUUAUAGUAACAUUAAAGGAUGUUGAUAAAUGGUCUUUUGAUGUAUUUGCCUUAAAUGACGCAAGUGGAGAACACAGUUUGAAAUUUAUGAUGUAUGAACUGUUUACCAGAUACGAUCUUAUCAACCGUUUCAAGAUACCUGUUCCUAGCCUAAUUUCCUAUGCAGAAGCUUUAGAAGUUGGCUACAGCAAGUACAAAAAUCCAUAUCACAAUUUAAUUCACGCAGCUGAUGUCACCCAAACUGUGCAUUACAUAAUGCUUCAUACAGGUAUAAUGCACUGGCUCACUGAACUGGAAAUUUUAGCAAUGGUCUUUGCUGCUGCCAUUCAUGAUUAUGAGCAUACAGGGACCACAAACAACUUUCAUAUUCAGACAAGGUCAGAUGUCGCCAUUUUAUAUAACGAUCGCUCCGUCCUGGAGAAUCAUCACGUGAGUGCAGCCUAUCGACUUAUGCAAGAUGAAGAAAUGAAUAUCUUGGCAAAUUUAUCCAAAGAUGACUGGAGGGAUCUUCGGAACCUAGUGAUUGAAAUGGUGUUGUCUACAGACAUGUCCGGUCACUUUCAGCAAAUUAAGACUAUACGCAACAGUCUGCAGCAGCCUGAAGGGAUCGACAGAGCCAAGACCAUGUCCCUGAUCCUGCAUGCGGCAGAUAUCAGCCACCCAGCCAAAUGCUGGCAUCUGCACCAUCGCUGGACCAUGGCCUUGAUGGAGGAGUUUUUCCGACAGGGAGACAAAGAAGCGGAAUUAGGGCUUCCAUUUUCCCCGCUUUGUGACCGGAAGUCGACGAUGGUGGCGCAGUCACAGAUAGGUUUCAUUGAUUUCAUAGUCGAGCCAACGUUUUCUCUCCUGACGGACUCAACAGAGAAAAUUGUUAUUCCUCUUAUAGAGGAAGCCUCAAAAGCCGAAAACUCUUCCUUUAGAGAUAUCAGUGCAAGUCCCAAGGGGGAGACGAAAGUGGCGGACCCGAGGAAAACAGCCCAUGUGAAAAGCAGCGUGAACGACGGAUCUUCCUCCUUGGACUCCUCCCUGGCCGCCGUGGACCUGAAGCGCUUCAAGCGCAACCUGGUGGACAUCAUUCAGCAGAACAAGGAGCGCUGGAAGGAGCUGGCGGCCCAAGGUGAACCUGAUCUUCCUCGCAAGAAUUCAGAAGACUUAAUACAUGCCGGAGAAAAGCGCACUGAGACACACCCAUAGACUCGAAGGAUCCUAUUGGCUCCUGUCAUUUUAAACAUGAGAGGACAUUGAGAACAGCUCUAAAACAUCCUAAAUCUUCAGCUUCCCAGCCGUCUAUAUUCUCUUUUUCAACCUAUACUUGGAUCAGGCCAUUUUAAUGGACUCAUUUAGAAGGAAUUAAUAAGAAGAACAUCAUUUCUAAACUGAUCAUUCAGGCCAGUUAAAGACCCUCAAAGUCGUAAUUAGAGUUUUGUGGCAAUGCAUCUGCCAUUAUUUUUUCUCUGCAAUUUGGUCUUCUUCAAUCAAGCCAGAGAAAUUGUAAAUCAAGCCGAACAAUCUAAAAAUUUGUAUUGCUAUGAUUCCAGUCACAUGUAGAGAUACGGUGUUUAUUUACUUAUUUUUUUGCGCUGUUGUACAGAGUGCUAUAAUUACAAAUUUUUCAAGGUCUAAAAAACAGAAUACAAAACCAAAAGUACAGAGAACACUUUUUUUCAACUCUGAAACUUAAGCUAUUUAGAGUGUUCUUACCAUUUUAAAUACCUAGGACAAAAAUUAAAGGUGGGACUACUCAGAAGCUCUGUCUGUACUCCCAUGGCCACAUUGGACAUCACUGCGCGGGCUCUGUGACCUGAUGCAAACCCCAUGGCAACUCAAGAGCUGAGAAAUAACACAGAACUUCUCCGUGGUACCACUGAACCAUCCUUUCACCAUCAUGUGAUUUCAAAGCACUGAGACACCCCCUACAUGAGCAUUGUGACAUUGCGAAUCAAGCACUCUCUGAAGUGUAAGGUGGCAAGAACCCGCGGCUGUUGUGGAGAUGGAUAGUAGAACUGAGAACGGAACUUAUCUGCGGGGUCAACAUUCUUCCAGGCUUUAGCAAAGUGCAUUUCAGAUCAAGGAAUCAGAGACAAAGGGCGCACUUGUGUUUAUAUGGGUAUGCGUGCGUGCGUGCGUGCGUGCGAACAUCUAUGAAAGUGGAGGCCUACGUGUUCCGGUAGAGAUAACCUUACAUGACAUGACUCUUCAGCUUUCCUCUAAGAAAUAAACUGCGUUGCUGUGCAGGCUUUGCUUCCUUGUCACAUUUGCCCGAGCACGUGCGAGGCCUUUCCUUUGCUCCAAGCUUUAAAGUACCGUUCUGUCUGUUUUCAGCUGCCAAGAAAGGUCAAGCACCAUCGGAUGUUGUAGCUUGUCACUGUAUAAACACUUCCAUGAUUGUGAGCUCAAAUGCAUUCGUCUUUGCGAGAGGUUGGAACUGAAUGGAUAAAGCAGCCAGGGUCGCCCUGAACGAAAGAAUGAAGAGAAGGAGGGCGCGUCCAUCUUUAUGACGGUUCUGUGAUGCUUGCUCCAUUCUUGGGUUCCACGAUGCUAAGCAAUAUUCUAGAAAUGGACACAACGAGAAGCUUUUACAUCUAAGUCGUGGGAUUAUAUAACUCACCACUCAGAUCACUUUUAAUGUGUAAGCCAUAUUCUAUAUGCAUAUUUAUUAUGCGAUAUUGUAAUGUAAGAUCUAUUUGUGCAUAGAUGGUGUGUGACAUGCUUCUAAAUGUUCUGUGAAUAAGAUUUAGUGCUUUUUGUCUCACCUGAACCUUGUGCAGAAUACAGCUAAGUAAUUUAAUUGUAUCAUAGACAUUACAAUACAAUUGAUAUUUUACAUGUAACAUAAGAAGUAAAGAUGGAUCUAAAGUGAUGUGUUGGGAGGAAUGUAUAAAUAUGUGCAGCAUAGUAAUAUUUCAGUGAACUUUUUGUUCUUCUAAAAUGGACUUUUUAUUUCUAUUUAUGGAAAAACUACUGCAUUUCUUUUCUUUUUUAAAAAAUAAAACUAGCUAUUUACCAGCUAGAGAAUAUUCUGCAUUUAGAAUAGAAUCAGACUCGCAUCAGGUCUUUUUACCAUUGUUCUUAAUUGAGCCAGUAAAGCUAUAGGAGUUUUCAAGGGAGAAGUACAUUGAAAAAUUGCUUCUCAGAUUAAUAGAAAACAUGCCCACUUUGUUCCUAUUAAAGCUUUAAGAUCUAUAGACUUCCUUAAUAAACAAUCGCAGAACACAAAAGAAAGUGUCGAUUUCUGUCUGGGGGCUUUUCCCUUCCUGUUCAGGUUAUGUGACUGAUCACGCACUGUGACUGACAGCCCUCCUCUUUCGUCAGAAGCUCUGUCGGGCUGCCCUCAGGCUCUCUUCCUUCCAUUAUGCUCCCUCACGCCCUUAAACCCUGUAUUUCCUCCCUUGGCUCGCUUUUUCCUUUUCUCUGCUGCUUGUCUUUCCUCUCCCGUUUCUUGUUUCUUCGCUCCCUUUCUCUCUCUGUCUCUGUCUCUCUCUUUUCCUUUUUGUCUCCUCUGGGUGACUUGUUGUGUCCCACCUCCUGGAGCCUCUCCCAGAAGCAAAGAAAGCAGUGAGUCCGUGCUGUCACCUGUGCCCCCCUCCCCACCCCCCGCCCCUCCAGCAGCACUGUGGAGUCUGUGCUGGAAAGAAAAGGGGAUGAGACUGAGGACCCUGCACAUUGACUGUCUUGUUUGGAAUUUUAUCCUCAGCUGACCAACAGAGACACCUUGCCAUUUCUGAUGCCUUUUACUUUAACACGUAUCUCUUUUAUUUCAUUUUUACUAUGACAGUCUAAAAUUCUUGUGCUUUAUUCUGCUGUAAUUCUCUGUAUUUCCUGUGACGUAUGAUUGCUAAAUAAAUCAGA